AGUACAAACAUCAUUUUUACUUCAAUGUCCUCUCUUUUUACUUCAACUACAUGUACUGAAUCGCCUAAUUCACAGAAAUGGAUUCCCCAAUUUUUCAUUGAUAUGUAUACCAUAAAGGCAACUUUCAUGAAAAAACAUUAUUUAUGGGAAUUCAAGACAAUAAUUAUUAUAUAGAAACAACUGAAACAUAUCAGCAUAAUAAAUCUAGGAAUUGUAAAAAUUUAACAUAUCCACAGAAAAUAGAACUAUUAAGUGAAGGCACAAAUUUAUUACUUAUGAGAUAUCUCACGAUAAUUAACUAUGAUGGAACAUUAACAUUUCAAAAUAUAAUGAUUGAUGGAAAUGUUACUAUAUGCCAAUAUAAGUGCAUUCCUGUCAAAUAUAUGAAAUUAUAUGAAAAUGACAUAGAAGUGUACACAAUUGAACGUGUUAUAGAAAAUCAAAAUGGAAAUGUAGAAAGUAUGAAAACGUAUUUAACACCAAAAGGAGAAAUAUUAGAACACAAUUGGUUAACAACAUCUUACAUUCUAAAAAACAAAUCUUUAGAAAAUGUAAACCCAAUGAUUGAAAAACUUAAAAUAGCAAUACGAAAUAAUUGUUGGACAGAGGAUAUGGAAAUAUUUUCUAAAUACUUAGACGAAAAAUGUAAUGAAGUAACAAAGUUCAUAGAGUAUCUAAUUAGUCAUCUUGAAGUAAAGCAUUUAAUAGCUGACUAUACACAAACUUUGCUAAUUGUGAAACCUCUCCAUGUAGUAGAUUUUACAAUACAAUAUUUUAAGGCAUUUUCCAUAUAUCCAGAAAGUCAGGAAUUUAUUUCAAUGAGACAAAUUUCAAAGAUUACUAUACCUACACAAGAAAAACAUGCAAAUAUGUGUGAUUUUUAUCCUUUAUGCACAAGUUGCAGAAUGCAAAAUCAAUUAUUCAAAGAAUCAACAAGUUUUCAUUAUUCUAUUGAUUCAUCAUGCUCAAAUGAUAUAAAUUCUAUUGAAGAAAAAAAAACGAAAGCAAUAUCUCUACUGACUAUUAAUGCUUCAAUAGAAAAUAAAAGUAAAUAAAAAAAA